AUGGGUAAGGUCAAUACCAAGAUCACAGUUGACUCUUUCCGAGCUACACAACCGAUGCCUCCUCCUAUGCCUGCUCUAAGAAUAUACCCUGUUGAUGAACGCUUUCCAAUAAAGAAAACAGUUGGCUUACCUAAUCAACCUCUGAUUCCUCCAUUCUUUGAAGGUUUCAUUGCUCGAGUUGGUCCACAGAUCAUCUCAUCUUCCACUACUCCAAAAACCCCUAUGAAAGAUAAAGGAAAAGGUAUUUCUUUUAGAAGAAUCAGCCCUAUAGUGCCAUUGAAAAAGAAAGAGGGUUGGUCUUUGUACCAAAUUGAUCAAGCUGUGGAAGAAAGCCUCAAAGUCCAAGCUCUGAAGGAUAAUCCAAAUCCUUUUCAGGCAUCUCGCCUUAUUAUCCUUAAGGAAUGA